CACUGGCCCACUGCCAGUCGGUUCGGCGAUUACGGUCUCACAUUCCUUGCCUCUGUAAUCGCGAAAUAAAAGCACGUAUCCAGCUGCGCUCAAAUUUCGCAUUAGGGAGCAUCGUAGUCCUCGGACACGUUUUUUUUACAUAUUUUCGUUUUCUUUUGCAUUAACCGUCAUGUUUUAACAAGAUUUCCUAUAUUCAUCGCCUCGGACAUUUAUUCUGCUGCCGCUGCAAUCACAAGAUCUGCACUUUUUCUUUCUUUCAUUUUUUUUCUUCUGCCCACCUUCUUCUAGGCCCGUUCUUCUGCUUCGUUGGCUCAAAUAGGCCGGUUAACCACUCUGAUGUUCAAUAAAGAGCUUUCUCUCUCUUCUAAAGUUUAAUCUGGCAACUCGGCAACUCACUUUUUUUUUUACGCAGCAUGGACGACGAGGCGUCACCGUGCCCCGUCGCGAGCAAGCUGUCGACAGGCAGCGAGUACGCAACCCUGACCCCGGUGGCACCGAUGUCCUACACCGGGGCACACCACGUGCACCAACCCGUGGAGCUGCAGCCGACGCUGUACCCGCACCACCAGCAGCCGCCGACGGUGGCCGUGUUCCCGACCUUCUUCUGCGGCGGCGCAGUCCCGGAGAUGAUGACGACCACGUCGACGACGUCGAUCGAGCUACAAGACCUGCCGCCCGCGGUGGGCGGCGUUCCGUCUCCCGACUUCUCGGUCAACUCGGACUCGGAUGACUCUUCGUCGGAGAAGGGAGGCUCGGCCGAUCCAUUCGCCCCCGAGUGCAAGAUCCCGCUACCGGUUCCGUACUCCCCGUACGACUACUGGCUUGAGCCCACCUUCAUCCGGCGCCGGAAUGAGCGGGAGCGACAGAGGCGCAUAUACUUUCAGGUUCGGCACGUGAACGAUGGCUUUGAGCGACUGCGUAGUCGACUGCCUCUUCCCCCACGAGACAAGGACCGUCGGCUGAGCAAAGUAGAGACUCUGCGCUAUGCCAUCAGCUACAUCAGGCACUUGCAAAGGUUGCUGGGACUACUUGACGAUGACGAGGAUGAAGAUGGGGAGAACAACCGAUGCCGCUGAUAGCAGAGGCCACGAAAGAAGCAUGUUCGGACGGUUGAGCACAAUGACAGUUUAAAGAGAAAUAGUGUGUGUGCGUGCCCAAGUGAACUUCUCAAGUCACAUGUGUUUCCUACCUCAUAAUCAGCAAUACGUCCUUUCAAUGCACAGAAAUA